AUGAAUCGCGCUAACGAGGUCCAGAAGGAUCGACUUGCCGAGCUCGAAGAAAAAGUAAACCUCAUCCUAAAGGGAAGCAUACCAACCCGAGGGAGGGAAUCAGUCCUCGAAGAUGCCAAAGACGUCACAGAGGCAAGAUUCACACAAGGUAGCCAGCCUCGAGAUCGUCGCGACUCGAGUUACAGCGACCCGUCUCCUCCCAACUUCGCAUUUGAUGAUACCAGUCCCCAGCCUUCCUCCUUGGCCGUUGCCCGAGCGGUCGAUUUGUACAUGAAGUAUUGCCACCGACAGCCUGUCUGGUGUUUUAAUUUUGAAGAACAUGGAGAUCUGGAAUCGUUACCAGAAGAGCUUAUCUGUAGUAUCCUUGCGCUGACGGCUCGGUUCUCGCAUGAGGGGGAACACGCACAGCACCAUGCGGAUACGGCGAAGAGUUUGAUUAUGCUGCGGAUUGCGAACGGGACGGUGGAGUUGAGUACGAUUGAGGCUUUGUGCUUGCUGGCGUAUUCUUCGUUUAUUGAUGGCGAUAUGCACCUUGGUCGAUUUCACCUCGGACUUGCAUUUCAGCUCUGUCGAUCCGCUCUACUCGAUACCGAGUCCGCAUAUACACCUGGAGACCCCCACCUGGAGCGCAAGAAGAGAUUAUUUUGGAGUCUACAGCUACUAGAACAAUCAUAUGGCCGCCAGACCGGACUGCUGAGCAUUUCCUCGGAGAUCUGGCGGCCGGCGGACUAUUUCACAGGCAACGGUAGAGAGCCACAAAGAGAUACUGAGAAGCCUCCCCCAUUGCCGCGAGACACAAUAGGCUGCGCUACGCCAGAUGAUACUGGCAUCUGGAGCAUGACGAUCCACUUUGGCUGGGUGUGGAGCAAAGUACGGACAUAUGUGUCUGAUUGUGCAAACAACCGCCUACGCGAGCCUUGGCGCCACGAGUCGAUGUAUUCCAUGGUGCUUUCCGACCUCACGGAAAUCGAGAACCAAACACCUCUUUGCCAUCGAUACGACCAUGUGCGUUUCUAUGAUCGACAGCCGGACGAAGUGAUCCUCAACCGUGCGUACUGGGUCCCCUGGCUCAAAUUACAGUUCAUGUACCAUGCCAUUCUCACCGUCCUCAACCAUCCUUUUCUGUAUAUCAUGGCCUCACGGCAUAAUCCCAACCUGGCCAUUCCGAACAGUUUCUGGCGCCGGUCGUCGGAGUUGGUACUUCUGCAUGCGACGUGGAUCGUGCGUAUGAUUGACAUGCUAUCGGACAAGGACGUACGACUGACCGAUCCCUUCUUCGCGCAUGUGGCUGCUAUCGCCGCGACGGUUCAGCUAUAUUACUGCUGUGCUGGUGACCCCAGACUAAAGUACAAGUCCCGGGCGGAUCUAGCCCGCUGUAGGGUGUUUUUGCGGUCAUUUGUUCCGUUUUCACGGGCGUGUGCAUCAUUGGUAUGUCUCCUGCGGCAGAUGAUCAAAACAAAACUGACAGAACAGAAUCGAUCGCUCGACCGCAUGACCCGGAUUGCAGCAGGCACAGAGAAUGUAGACUACGACAGCUGGGUGCCAUCCAAGAUUCAUCUGAAUAUCCCCUUGAUGUGGGAUAUCCUCCAGUUUACCUGCAGCGACGAUUCGUAUCCCGCUGUCCCGUCUGGGAGCCUCUUGCAUUCCUCGCUCAGUGCUUCUGCAACCAGAAACGACGCAGAGGAAAGCUCUACACUCGAAAUUAUUGUGACCACUUCGCCUGAAGUUACCGUCAACACCGCAGACGGCGGACAGGGCGUACCUAUGCCUCUGUAUCGGGCCCCAAAUUCGUCAAAGGACGGCGAUAUGAGCCCAGCUACAGCCCCACGGUCUAUGCCUCCUUCAGACGCAGUGGUAGCUCCCAUCGACAGCCUCAUGCUCAACACGCCCUGGCUCUGGGCUGAUCCAGCCCCAUUUGGAGACGUGGAUGAUCUCGACUAUAGCACGUCCGCUCCGGCGGUAGGCGAUAUUGAAGGUUCGGCGUGGUGGAAUUUGGGAAAUUUAUAA